ACUCUUCAAACACUGCGCAAUUUCCAUUUCAUUUUCCAAAUCUAUUCAUUUUCGUUUUUGGCGCUCGUGAUUUUUCUCCUCUCGAACUCAGUUUCUAGUUUUUAUGCACAUUAUUAUUCUCAAAUCAUGCAAGGUUUGUUAUUCAGGAUGACCGAAACACCUUUUAGGCCAAGAGAGAAGCUUCUUGAAAAGCAGAAGUUUUUCCAAAACAUUCAUAAGCAUACGUACCUGAAAGGACCAAUGGACAAAAUCACCUCAGUGGCCAUUCCUUUGGCUUUGGCUGGUUCCUCUUUGUUUCUUAUUGUGAGUUCAUUUUCUCCUCUCUUUUCUAUUCUUUGCCUUUAUGCACAUAUAAGCUUCAAAAAUUGUUCU